GUGUUUUACAAGGAAGUUUCCAUUAACGAUAUAAUUAAAAAAAAAAAAACCUGGAAUGGAUUUCUUUUUGGGAUAAUAAAAGUGGUAUCUUUAUUCGUUAUAUGGGAUGGCUUGGAGCCUUGCUUGUUGUUGAUAGAAGCGAUUCCUUGACGCAACAACUAGGCACUUCGUCGUAUUUCAGUCAAAAUAUGAUGAAAAUAUAGUGAAAAAUAGAUAUUUAAGAAAAAGAUUGAUUUGCGAUCUUCAAGUCAACAGUUAAGAUUUCAUAAACUUAAACUCUAAAUCAAAAAUCCAAUUCUAAGAGGGAGCUUUCACACUGAGUAAAAGCAAUUUCAUCUAGCAGAAGGAAAGAUUACCUGUAAAGCCCUAAACAAUCCAUAAUUCACAGGUGAAAUAGGGUCCUUGGUUUGUUGUGUUAUUAACGUCCUUUAGAUGUUGUUUGUAACGUGGGAAGCAUGGAUCAAGAGAACAACAGCGACUAGCUUCGAUCAAAAGUGCAAGGGAGAAGAUCUUACUAGAGGGUUGAAAGCAAAGGCAGAUGAAGAGGAUUUGCAGCAUUUUUUAGGGUUUUUUUUUUUUUAAUCACAGAUUUGCAAAGAAAAAGAAGAGAAUGAUCUAAAAUUAAUAGAAAAGAAGUCAUGAAUCUGAGCCAUUGAGAGUGCCAACAACGGCUCCCAUUGUAGGGUUUCCUCAUUGGAUAGGCAAACAGGAGAGGACCUUAGUUAAUUAGCAAUUGAUAGAUCCUAAAAUGGCUUCUUCUUUCCUCUACUUCCUCUUUCUCUCCCUAGCCUUACACUUCUUUGUUUCAGCCUCAAGUGCAGAAGCGACCUUUGAACCUGAUGCCUUCACACUUCCAAUAAAAAAGGAUAAUGCAACCCUUCAAUAUACCACCACAAUAAAGAUAGGGGCCAAUGCCUCCUCCAUUAAUGUAGCCAUUGAUAUUGGUGGUCAGCUAUUGUGGUUCGAUUGCGACAUUGGCUAUAACUCUUCGGCUUUUCAUUACAUUCAAUGCGGUACAGCGGAGUGUGACGUUGAGGGAGCUGCAGUUUAUUGCAAAAUUUGUUUUCCUUUACCAAAUCUACCACCUUGCCCAUUAGCAACAUGUGGUAUUGAUCACUAUAAUCCAUUCAUCACUGGAACAGGAUCAAUCACUGGAACAGGUUCAUCUGGGGACCUAGCCAAGGAUACCUUAACAAUUAACUCAACAAAUGUGAGAGGAAAAAGAAAGCGAGAUAAGGUUCCUAUAAAUGUCCCUCUAUUUUCUUUUUCUUGUGUACCUUCGAAGGACAUAAAGGGCCUUGCCUCCGGUGCUUUAGGCAUUAUCGGCCUCGGAAACACUCCGACUUCACUACCAAUGCAGCUUUUUUCAAUGUUCAACAUUUCACAAGAGUUUUCUAUGUGUCUGCCCUCCACAUCCCAAACAACCGGGAACAUUUUAAUUGGCUCUGGUAAUAAAACUACAUUGUACCGCGAUUUACUAAUAACCACGCCAAUACUCAUUAAUCCAGUGAGUGAGUAUCCAUUUCCAGAUAGCCUGCCUUCAUUCGACUAUUUCAUUGGAGUGACAUCUAUUAAUGUUAAUGGACAAAAUGUGUCCUUUAACUCCUCAUUGCUAUCCUUUGAUAAUGAGGAAGGAGUAGGUGGGACGAAGAUCAGCACUGCAACUCCAUACACUAUUUUACAUACUGACAUCUACAACCCUUUUCUUGACAAAUUUGUGAAGAGUGCUACUACUUUAAAGAUUGAGAGAGUGGCAUCGGUGUCACCCUUCGGUGCAUGCUUCAACUCAAAGACCAUUCAUAGAAUAGGGGAAGAGCUGCAUGUGCCCACCAUCAAUCUGGUUUUGCAAAACAACACCGUAUAUUGGAGGAUUUAUGGACAUAACUCAAUGGUGAGGGUGAAGAAAGGUGUGAUGUGCCUAGCAUUUAUGGAUGGUGGAUCAAAUCUGAGAACUUCUAUAGUUAUAGGAGGGCAUCAAUUGGAAAAUAAUUUUUUGGAGUUCAAUCUUGCAUCUUCAGAGCUACGAUUUAGUUCUUCGCUCUUUACUAAAAAUAGAAGUUGUUCCCACAUGGGAGGAUAUUACUUAAAUUGAGCUUCGUUGAGAGGCUUUUGGUUGUUAGGUGGAGUGUGAAAGAAUGAAAAGAUGGUUUUCAU